CUAAUCAGAAAGCCUUCUGUUGAGGGAGCUGGGUCCCCAGGCAGCCUGGGCCGUGGCAGUGGCCAUCAGAGGUAGGGGACUGACCCUGCGAGUCUCAAGCUGAGAGCUUUCUCAUGGACCUGGGACUCUGCAUUGCAGCGUGAAGAGCUAUGACGGCAGUCAACAAGGGCCCGGCCUUGCCAGAUGGAGACCUCCCAGAGCAGGAGAACGUCCUGCAGCGGGUCCUGCAGCUGCCGGUGGUGAGCGGCACCUGCGAGUGCUUCCAGAAGACCUACACCAGCACCAAGGAAGCCCACCCCCUGCUGGGCUCUGUGUGCAAUGCCUACGAGAAGGGCGUGCAGGGCGCCAGCAGCCUGGCGGCCUGGAGCAUGGAGCCGGUGGUCCGCAGGCUGUCCACCCAGUUCACAGCAGCCAACGAGCUGGCCUGCCGAGGCCUGGACCACCUGGAGGAAAAGAUCCCAGCCCUCCAGUACCCUCCUGAAAAGAUCGCCUCUGAGCUGAAGGACACCAUCUCCACCCGCCUCCGCAGCGCCAGGAAUAGCAUCAGCGUUCCCAUCGCCAGCACCUCGGACAAGGUCCUGGGGGCCGCCCUGGCCAGCUGCGAGCUCGCCUGGGGGGUGGCCAAAGACACGGCCGAGUAUGCUGCCAGCACCCGAGCCGGCCGGCUGGCCUCCGGAGGGGCCGACCUGGCCCUGGGGAGCGUCGAGAAGGUGGUAGAGUACCUCCUCCCCUCAGCCAAGGAAGAGUCAGCCCCUGCUCCAGGACGCCAGCCGGCCCAGAAGCCUCCCAAAGGCCAGCGGAGCCUCGGGAGCAGGGUUGGGGCCCUGGCCAGCACCCUGUCCCAGCACACCUUGCAGACCACAGCCCGGGUGCUGAAGCAGGGCCAUGCCCUGGCCAUGUGGAUCCCAGGUGUGGCGCCCCUGAGUAGUCUGGCCCAGUGGGGCGCGUCAGCCGCCUUGCAGCUGGUGUCCUGGCGGGGGAGUGAGGUGCGGGUGCCCUGGCUGCACGGCCUCGCCGCCGCCCAGGAGGAGGACUGCGGUGACCACGCGGACACAGACGGAGAGGAGACAGAGGAGGAGGAGGAGGAGGAAGAGGAGUCCGACACCGAGGAGAGCAGGCUCAACGAGGUAGCGGCCCUGCCCGGCCCACAAGGGCUCCUGGGCAGCGUGGCCCACACCGUGCAGAAGGCCCUCCAGAGCACCGUGUCAGCCGUGAUGUGGGCGCCCUCGGCUGUGCUGGGCUCGGCAGCCCGGCUGCUGCACCUCGCCCCGGCCCCUGCUGUCUCCUCCACCAAGGGGAGGGCCAUGUCCCUGUCGGAUGCCCUGAAGGGUGUCACUGACAACGUGGUGGACACGGUGGUGCACUACGUGCCGCUCCCCAGGCUGUCGCUGAUGGAGCCCGAGAGCGAAUUCCGGGACAUCGAUAACCCGCCGGCCGAGGCCGAGCUGAGCCCCACCUGCGCGCUGCAGCGCCACCUGCUGGCUCACAGCCACGUUUCCGUUUGCAUCCUCGCAGCCUUCCCCCGGCAGGAUCACCCUUCCAAGGCCUUUUAG